CGGCCGCUUUCAUGCGUUAAUUGCUCUAUCUUUAUUUCUCUCCUCCCUCUCUUCUCCGAACAACGCCCAGGGCUACCUAACUAAUGCAACACAUUUCCGACCCUUCGUCAUCGCGCAUCUGCCUGCAUCUCGCCCGGAAAAACCGCCCUGUCGAUCAAUGCGGGGGACUCCAUCUCCUCUGUCUGUCUUUACCCCGAGCAUCCCAGUCUGACUAUAUAACCAUGUAGCUGUUCACUGCUCGACUCCAUGGCUCGUCUCCGAGGAUGGCCUUCGCUGGCCAUUUCUCUCCUGCUAACCCUUUCGCAUGCAACCAUCGACCGCAAGAGCAUAGUCCGGCGCUUCAACCCCCGCCGCAACUCCACCCGCCAUGACACGCCCAUGCAGCUCGGCAACGGCAACUUUGCCUUUGGCGCUGACAUCACCGGCCUCCAGUCUGUCCUACCAUGGAACAUCCUCUCCUCGUGGUGCUGGCACAACUCGUCGCUACCCACCACCCCCGGCCAGACGUCCCCCCAGGACUUUACCGGCCAGGACUGGUGGACCCAUGGCCGCCUGGUCAACUACAACCAGCCAAACCCGGCCGAAGCUGACAUCUCGCAGUGGCUUAUCAGUAAUCCGCACCGUGUGAAUCUGGCGCGCGUAGGGCUUGUGCUCGAUGGACAGAUCAUCCAGGAGUCAGACGUCAAGACGCCCUCGCAGGAGCUGGAUCUGUACAGCGGAACGCUACGUUCGGUGUUUUGUUUGCGUGGAAACAAGGUCGCCGUGGAGACAGUCGCUGACCCGGCGCUGGAUGCGGUAGGCGUCCAAGUGCAAUCUGAGUUACUAAGAAACGGCACCUUGUCAGUCUUCUUCGACUACCCCUAUGCCACCGAUGACAACAAGUUCGAGACGUAUGUAGGCCUGUGGAAUGCGACCAGCAACCACACGAGUACCUUGAACGCCGGCGACGGCCACGCAGUUAUAGAACACGCCAUGGAUGCGACGACUUACUACACCGGAGUAACAUGGAAAGGCAAAGCUUCCGCGUCAGGUCCCGCGUCGAAAUCUCAUCGCUAUUCUCUGCGCCCUCAGGGGAACGAGACGUUUAGCUUUGCGGUGGCCUUUUCGCCAGAAGAGGAUCCUCCCAGAACCAGCCAUGAUGCUAUCAAAACAGCAUCCACUGAGUACUGGCACUCGUACUGGGAGGCUGGAGCUUUCAUCGACCUGACGAGCGUGCCAGGCCCAGAAGCGGCUGAACUCCAGCGUCGGACAAUCCUCUCUCAGUAUCUCCUCGCGGUCAAUGGAGCAGGCAAGGACCCGCCUCAGGAAUCUGGCCUGGCGAACAACGGCUGGUACGGCAAAUUCCAUCUGGAGAUGAUCUUCUGGCAUCUUGCUCACUGGGGUGUUUGGAACAAAUGGGAUCUGUUCGACCGCAGCAUGGACGUUUAUAAGAGGUUUUUGCCCAGUUCUCUUGAGCGCGCCGCGGCCCAAGGUUACUCUGGAGCUCGCUGGGGAAAGAUGAGUGAUCCGAGCGGUCGCUCCGCCCCGGGUGGUAUCAAUUCGCUUUUGAUCUGGCAACAGCCGCACCCUCUGUAUUUUGCAGAGUUGGAGUACCGGGCGUUUCCAACAAACUCGACGCUCACCAAAUGGAACGAUGUGGUUACAGCCACGGCCGAUUUCAUGAGCACCUAUGCCUUCCACAACGCCACGACAGGCGUCUAUGACCUGGGACCUCCGCUCUACCCCGUCAGUGAAAACACUAACCCCAACGCCACCAUCAACCCCACAUUCGAGCUCACCUACUGGCGCCUCGGCCUCAGCAUCGCCGCCCAAUGGCAGCAACGCCAAGGCAAGCCAGUCCCGGAGCCAUGGACCCAAGUCGGCGUGAACCUAGCCCCCCUUCCCAUCGAGAACGACACGUACGUCCUCUACGAAGGCGUGCCCGACAUGUGGACGGACCCAGAGUUGACGAGCGACCACCCCGCCCUCGUCGGCAUUGCAGGCUGGCUGCCCCCACCCGCCGACCUCAAUGCCACAGUCUUUGCGCAGACGCUGCGCCGCGUCAUCGAGACGUGGGAUUUUGACGCGUCGUACGGGUGGGAUUUCCCGUUGCUGGCGCUGACGGCGGCGCGGACGGGUGAUUCGGCGGGCGCGGUGAGUUGGCUGCUGCAUGAAAGGUUUGGGUUUGAUGAUGUGGGCAUGCCGUUGGGUGGGAGCAGGGUCGCGACGCCGUAUUUUCCGGCGAGUGGGGGGUUGUUGCUUGCGGUGGGCAUGUUGGCGGGGGGAUGGGAGGGUGAGAAGGGGCCGAAGUGGCCGGUGGGGUGGGAGGAGGCGAGGGCGGAGGGGUUUGGGAGUGUGUUGUGA